AGGGCGGAGAGGGAAAGGGCGGGGAAACCGCUGACAUUCGCGCCGGCCCCGCCCUCACACCCACUUCCGGCGGCGCGCGGCCCCCGCUUCCGCUUUUCCCGCCAGCGCGCCGGCCCCACCCCACUCCCACGCGCCCCCCAGCGUCCGGGCGCCCGACAGCCGGGAGAAAAGGCACAGGUUGCUGUCGGAAGUCCCCCUUUGGCUCCCUUUCCGUACUGCCUAACAACUUCCGCUUCGGGCCGUCAACAUGGACGCUGCGGCUGCCUGGCGGAGCUGCAUCUGAUCGACUGCCAAGGAAAUCUGAUGUGGAAAGGAAAAUAGAAAUAGUGCAGUUUGCUAGCCGGACACGCCAACUCUUUGUUCGAUUAUUAGCUUUAGUAAAAUGGGCUAAUAAUGCUGGCAAAGUGGAAAAAUGUGCGAUGAUCUCGAGCUUCUUAGAUCAGCAAGCCAUCCUGUUUGUGGAUACUGCUGAUCGCCUGGCCUCAUUAGCUAGAGAUGCUCUGGUCCAUGCACGCCUGCCUAGUUUUGCCAUCCCAUAUGCUAUUGAUGUACUGACUACUGGGUCUUACCCACGGCUGCCAACCUGCAUUAGGGAUAAAAUUAUUCCUCCGGACCCAAUUACCAAAAUUGAGAAGCAAGCUACACUUCACCAGCUGAACCAGAUUCUUAGACAUCGGCUUGUAACCACAGAUCUUCCUCCUCAGUUAGCAAAUCUUACAGUUGCAAAUGGCCGAGUGAAGUUUCGAGUUGAAGGAGAAUUUGAAGCCACCUUGACUGUGAUGGGAGAUGACCCUGAUGUUCCCUGGCGUCUUCUCAAGCUAGAAAUUCUAGUUGAGGAUAAGGAAACAGGAGAUGGGCGAGCCUUGGUUCAUAGUAUGCAGAUCAACUUUAUCCAUCAGCUGGUACAGUCUAGGCUCUUUGCUGAUGAGAAACCUCUUCAGGACAUGUACAACUGCCUGCAUUCUUUCUGCUUAUCACUUCAGUUAGAAGUGCUACAUUCCCAAACUCUAAUGUUAAUCCGAGAGCGGUGGGGAGACCUCGUACAGGUGGAAAGGUAUCAUGCAGGAAAGUGCCUCUCCCUCUCAGUUUGGAAUCAACAGGUUCUUGGGAGAAAAACAGGAACAGCAUCUGUUCACAAAGUUACAAUUAAAAUUGAUGAGAAUGAUGUCUCCAAGCCUUUACAGAUUUUUCAUGAUCCUCCUUUGCCAGCUUCUGAUUCCAAAUUAGUAGAAAGAGCCAUGAAGAUUGAUCAUUUAUCAAUAGAAAAACUCCUGAUUGACAGUGUCCAUGCACGAGCUCAUCAGAAGCUCCAGGAACUGAAGGCCAUUCUUAGAGGUUUCAAUGCCAAUGAAAAUUCUUCCAUAGAGACUGCACUUCCAGCUCUUGUUGUUCCCAUCUUGGAGCCCUGUGGUAAUUCGGAGUGUCUACACAUUUUUGUAGAUUUGCAUUCUGGAAUGUUCCAGUUGAUGCUUUAUGGACUUGACCAGGCCACACUGGAUGACAUGGAGAAGUCUGUGAAUGAUGAUAUGAAACGGAUCAUUCCUUGGAUUCAGCAACUUAAGUUUUGGCUUGGACAACAGCGUUGCAAACAAUCUAUAAAACACUUGCCUACAAUAAGCAGUGAAACAUUGCAGCUGUCCAAUUAUUCAACCCAUCCUAUUGGAAACCUUUCUAAGAAUAAGCUGUUCAUUAAACUUACCCGUCUUCCACAAUACUACAUUGUUGUGGAGAUGUUGGAAGUUCCCAGUAAACCCACACAGCUGUCAUACAAGUACUACUUCAUGUCUGUGAAUGCUGCAGAUCGUGAAGACAGCCCUGUCAUGGCCCUCCUGCUGCAGCAGUUCAAGGAAGACAUCCAGGAAUUAGUUUAUCGUACAAAAAAUGGGAAGCAGCCUAGAAGCAGUACCAAGCGCAAGUUGUCUGAUGAUCUGUGUCCAGUAGAACCCAAGAAAACCAAACGAUCAGGAGAAAUGUGUGCCUUCAAUAAAGUUCUAGCUCACUUUGUCGCUAUGUGUGAUACAAAUAUGCCAUUUGUAGGACUUCGGUUGGAGCUGUCAAAUCUGGAGAUUCCACAUCAAGGAGUGCAAAUGGAAGGUGAUGGCUUCAGUCAUGCGAUUCGCUUAUUGAAAAUUCCUCCCUGUAAGGGUGUAAAUGAGGAAACCCAAAAGGCUCUGGACCGCUCCCUUCUCGAUUGCACUUUCCGAUUACAAGGCAGAAAUAACCGCACCUGGGUGGCAGAGUUAGUGUUUGCAAAUUGUCCACUUAAUGGCACUUCUACCAGGGAGCAAGGACCAUCCCGGCAUGUUUAUCUGACAUAUGAAAACCUGUUGUCUGAACCUGUUGGUGGUAGAAAAGUGGUUGAAAUGUUCCUUAAUGACUGGAAUAGCAUUGCACGAUUAUAUGAGUGUGUGUUGGAAUUUGCACGUUCUCUACCAGACAUACCCACUCAUCUAAACAUUUUUUCAGAAGUUCGUGUUUAUAAUUACCGAAAACUUAUCUUGUGUUAUGGAACCACCAAGGGAAGUUCAAUUAGUAUCCAGUGGAAUUCCAUACAUCAGAAAUUUCACAUUUCUUUGGGAACUGUUGGUCCAAACUCAGGAUGCAGUAACUGUCACAAUACUAUUCUCCAUCAGCUUCAAGAAAUGUUCAACAAAACACCAAAUGUGGUUCAGUUAUUACAGGUACUGUUUGAUACUCAGGCUCCAUUGAAUGCCAUCAACAAACUGCCCACUGUGCCGAUGUUGGGCUUGACCCAGAGAACCAACACUGCCUACCAGUGCUUCUCCAUCCUGCCGCAGUCGUCCACCCACAUCAGACUGGCCUUCAGGAACAUGUAUUGCAUUGAUAUAUACUGCCGGAGUCGAGGCGUUGUGGCAAUACGCGAUGGGGCCUAUAGUCUUUUUGAUAAUAGCAAGUUAGUUGAAGGUUUUUAUCCUGCACCAGGACUCAAGACAUUCCUGAAUAUGUUUGUUGACAGCAAUCAGGAUGCUCGAAGAAGGUCUAUAAAUGAGGAUGAUAAUCCCCCUUCUCCCAUUGGAGGAGAUAUGAUGGAUUCUUUAAUCUCACAACUCCAGCCACCGCCCCAGCAACAGCCAUUUCCAAAGCAGCCAGGAUCGUCAGGCGCUUAUCCUCUAACUUCGCCCCCUACAUCUUAUCACAGCACAGUUAACCAGUCUCCCUCUAUGAUGCACACACAGUCUCCAGGAAAUCUGCAUGCCGCCAGCUCCCCCAGUGGGGCUUUGAGAGCCCCAUCACCAGCAUCAUUUGUUCCAACUCCUCCCCCUUCCUCGCAUGGAAUCUCAAUAGGACCAGGGGCCAGUUUUGCUAGUCCACAUGGAACCCUGGACCCUAGUUCUCCAUACACUAUGGUGUCACCAAGUGGACGAGCAGGGAACUGGCCAGGGUCUCCUCAAGUGUCUGGCCCCUCACCAGCAACACGCAUGCCUGGGAUGUCACCAGCCAACCCAUCACUACAUUCUCCAGUUCCAGAUGCUUCUCAUUCCCCUCGAGCUGGAACAAGUUCCCAAACGAUGCCCACAAACAUGCCUCCGCCUCGUAAACUACCUCAGCGCUCCUGGGCGGCCUCCAUCCCUACCAUCCUCACUCACAGUGCCUUGAAUAUUUUACUGCUGCCCUCUCCAACGCCAGGCCUCGUGCCCGGCCUAGCAGGUAGUUACCUUUGUUCUCCGCUUGAGAGAUUCCUUGGAUCCGUCAUCAUGAGACGACACCUUCAAAGAAUUAUUCAACAAGAAACGCUACAGCUGAUAAAUUCCAAUGAACCUGGAGUGAUCAUGUUUAAGACUGAUGCGCUGAAAUGCAGAGUAGCCCUUAGUCCCAAAACCAACCAAACACUUCAGCUAAAAGUGACACCCGAAAAUGCAGGACAGUGGAAACCUGAUGAACUUCAAGUUUUAGAGAAAUUCUUUGAAACAAGAGUUGCAGGACCGCCAUUUAAAGCCAAUACAUUAAUAGCUUUCACCAAGCUGUUAGGAGCUCCUACACACAUCCUCAGGGACUGUGUGCAUAUUAUGAAGCUAGAGUUGUUUCCUGACCAGGCAACACAGCUAAAAUGGAACGUUCAGUUUUGCCUGACGAUCCCUCCCAGUGCACCGCCAAUUGCACCUCCUGGGACACCUGCUGUGGUGCUGAAAUCCAAAAUGCUAUUUUUUCUUCAGCUAACUCAGAAAACAUCGGUCCCUCCCCAAGAACCUGUUAGUAUUAUAGUUCCAAUCAUUUAUGACAUGGCUUCAGGUACCACCCAGCAGGCAGACAUUCCCAGACAGCAGAACUCUUCUGUUGCUGCUCCCAUGAUGGUCAGCAACAUUCUGAAGAGGUUUGCAGAGAUGAACCCACCACGACAAGGUGAAUGCACAAUAUUUGCAGCUGUUCGUGAUUUAAUGGCUAAUCUUACACUGCCCCCUGGUGGGCGUCCAUAGACACUAUUGUUUUUAAACCAGGAAGGCUGACAAAAGAGACAAAACAACACACAAAAAAAUCUGAAUUCAGCCUUCAGUUUAAAAAAGCAAAAGGACUUUUUUGACUUUAAGAGCUGAAUAUUCUAAAGUGGCAAAAUUUUUCAGGGUGUACUUCUUUCAUCAAAAAGACCAUCAAUCUUUUGUAUAGUGAACUUGUAUAGUGUGUUUAAAUGGGACACAUUUCAAACUAGGUAAUACGUCAGUGUCCGUUUGCCAGUAAUAGAUUUAAUAUUCUGUUUUAUACUAUAAAGUUAU